UUCAAAGCAUGCACUGAUCGCGGGAAGGUCUUUGCGGUUUAUUUAUAAAAAAGUUUCUGGUGUAAUAUUUGCGUCUGGAUUUUCUGGAAAUAUGGGACCCCUCGAGACUGCCAAGAAAGCUGCAGCUUGUAAAGCAGUCGAUGAAUUCGUCAAGACUAACAGUGUCGUGGGGAUUGGCAGUGGAUCUACAGUCAUCUACGCUGUUCAUAGACUUGCUGAACGUGUCAAAGACGAGAAAUUGAAAAUUGUCUGUGUGCCAACGUCAUUCCAAGCUCGACAACUCAUCGUCAACAGUCAUCUGGUAUUGGGAGAUCUUGAGACUCAUCCCAGGAUAGAUUGUGUCAUUGAUGGUGCUGAUGAAGUCGACGAGGAGUUGAAUCUCAUAAAAGGCGGUGGUGGCUGCCUCCUGCAAGAAAAAAUCAUCGCCUCUUGUGCAGAGGACAUGAUCGUUAUUGCUGAUUACACAAAAAAUUCUGAGAGACUGGGACAGCAGUACAAGAAGGGAAUUCCCAUCGAAGUAAUUCCAAUGGCUUAUGUCCCUAUUCAACGAAAAAUUGAGGACAAUUAUGGGGGCCUGGCGAAGAUUCGAAUGGCAAUUGCCAAGGCGGGUCCAGUUGUGACAGACAAUGGGAAUUUUAUCCUUGACUGGCACUUCCCAGAUGAUUUGGAGAAAUCCUGGAAAGUCAUCAAUUCUGAAAUAAAGAUGAUACCUGGUGUCGUCGAGACUGGGCUCUUCAUAAAUAUGGCUAAGAAAGCGUAUUUUGGAAUGGCUGAUGGAACAGUCACAGAACAAUCUCUCGAUGGAUAGAGCCAAUUCACUUUCAUCGCACUCUUGCCAUUUUAACAGACUCUCACUUUUCAAUUUUGCUCAAUGGUUUUCUGGGCUCACCCAGUGGUACUUAUAUUGCAAUAGGGAAUCGUAUUCAGGGAUUAUUUUUAUAUUUUACAGAAAGUUGCUGUCAAUGGGUUUAUUAUUUUUUGUCUCGAGUUGUUAUCUUUACCUGAGGGUUGUUGAAAAUUUUGGAAAUAAA